GGUUGCCAUUGCUCAAGCUUAACCAUAGCAUUUGCUUACUUGUUCUUGGAUUAGUUGCUUCACUUCACUCUUUCAAUCUCGAUACCUUCCUUUCUCUUGAAGAAGUUGUUAACAUAGACUCUCCUCAAGAAGUUGUUUUCAGAAGCUAUGUCACUCGGAGAGGCCUUUAUUUCUGGAUUCCUUCAAAUGCUGCUUGAAAGGUUGACAUCACGUGAGACACUGAGCUACUUUAGGCGCUUACUAGGAGUUGGAAAAGAGCUGGACAAAUGGAAUUCGAUGUUGUCAGAUAUUCGAGCUGUGCUUAAUGACGCGGAGGAUAAACAAUUGACGAGCCAAGCAGUGAAAUUGUGGUUAGAUGGUCUCAGAUGCUUGGCUUAUGAUGUGGAAGACAUAUUGGACAAGUUUUCAACCGAAAUGUUGCGGCGCCAAAUAAAGGAGAAACAUUGGGCUACUACAAGCAAGGUAUGGUGUUUGUUUUCUGAUGUGAAAUUUAAUUGUAACAUGAACUCGGAAAUAAAGAAAAUUACUGGUCAAAUAGAUGAGAUAUUAGAACGGAAAAACCAACUUGGUUUAAAUGUGGUGACAUCGUCUACUAAGUCAUGGCAUAUGCCACCAAGUUCCUAUCUACCAGAAGGACCAGUGAUUGGAAGGGAUGCAGACAAGAGGAAAAUUACUGACUUGCUGUUGAAAGAAGCACCUCAUACCGUUAACUUUCAUGUAGUUAGCAUUGUUGGUAUGGCUGGGGUGGGAAAGACAACACUUGCAAGACAUGUUUUUUAUGAUGAUGCAAUGAAAGAUUUUAACCCAAAAAUAUGGGUAUCUGUGUCGGAUGACUUCAAUCUUGAAAGAGUGACAAAGGCAAUUCUUGAAUCAGCCACAUCUGGUCCGAUGGCCGAAUUCAAGGAAUUCAACAAGGUUCAAGAAAGUUUGAGUAAGGAAUUAAGUGGCAAAAAGUUUCUAAUUGUUCUAGACGAUGUCUGGAAUACAUGUGUCUAUGAUUUGUGCACAAAAUUACAGUCUCCUUUUCGUGUUGGAGCAUUAGGAAGUAAGAUAGUUGUGACAACACGUGAUGCAAAUGUUGCAAAAAUGAUGGGUUCAACUAUCUAUCAAUUGGAUUGCAUAUCAGAUGAUCAAUGUUGGAAAGUCUUUGAGCAUCAUUCCCUCUUGGACAUUACCAAUAAUAGGCCGCAAAAUUUUGAGUUGGUUAAGAAGAAAAUUGUUGCAAAAUGCAGCGGAUUGCCCUUGGCUGCAAGGACUCUCGGUGGUUUUCUAUGCUGUAAACAAGUAGGAGAAUGGGAGGAAAUCUUAAACAACAAGAUGUGAAGUCUAUCAGAUGAUAGUGGCAUUCUCCCAGUAUUAAAGUUGAGCUAUCACUAUCUCCCUUUGAGUUUGAAACGAUGCUUUGCCUAUUGUUCCCUACUUCCGAAUGACUAUGAAUUUGGGGAGAAGCAGUUGAUCCUUCUAUGGGUUGCAGAGGGUUUGGUUCAACAACGACCAGAGGACAAGAAACAAUUUGAAGAUACAGGUAAUGAUUAUUUUCAAGAGCUAUUGUCUAGGUCGUUAUUUCAAAAGGCAAGCAAAGGCAAUGACAAAUAUGUAAUGCAUGACCUUGUUGGUGAGUUGGCACGGUGGGCUGCAGCUGAAAUAUGCUUUUCACUGGAGGAUAAGGGAAAUGAUGACUUACAACUUAAACCAUUUCCGAUGGCUCGUAAUAUGUCUUAUGUCAGUGGUGAGUAUGAUGGUGUUAAAAAAUUUGAGGCCAUCUCUAGAGUUAAACAUUUGAGGACAUUCCUACUACUUUCACAAUCUGAUGGAAACAAUCUAACUCGUAGGGUUACAUUUGAUCUAUUGCCAAAAUUGUGAAUCUUACGAGUGCUUUCACUGAAUGGCUAUGAAAUAACUGAGCUGGCCAAUGCAAUUGGUAAAUUGUGGAAUCUACGGUAUCUUGACCUUUCUUACACACAAAUAAAGAAUUUGCCUACAUCAAUAACAACUCUUUGCAAUUUGCAGACAUUGUUAUUAGAAAAUUGUUAUAAUUUGAAGGUAUUACCUGUAGACAUGAGUAAUCUAAUUACUUUGCGACAUCUCCACAUUUCCAAAAUAUAUUUGUUGGAAGGAAUGCCUCCGCAUUUAGGUAGACUGACGAAUUUGCAAUCCUUGCCGUAUUUUGUGGUGGGUAAAGGUAGUGAUCAGUCUGGGAUAAGAGAGAUAGGGUCCCUAUUGCAUCUUUGAUUGACAUUGUGCCUCUCAGGAUUGGAGAACGUGAAGGACGGUGAGGAUGCUAGCAGUGCCAAUUUGAUAGGCAAGGAAAGGCUUGAUUCAUUGGAGCUGAAAUGGUCUUAUUUGAGCAGAUCGAGAGAAAUGGAGUUGGGCGUGCUUGACAUGUUACAACCUCCUAAAAAUCUAAAAGAGCUCACCAUCCACUGUUAUGCUGGAUUGAAAUUUUCAUCGUGGAUUAGAGAUCCUCUGUUCUCUAACAUGGUGCGUGUGAGCUUAUACAAUUGUACUAAUUGUCAUCUCUUGCCACCAGUUGGACAGUUGCCUUGCCUUAAAGAACUUUAUAUCAGUGGAAUGUCUGCAGUGGAAGUUGUUGGUCCCGAAUUCUAUGGAGAAGGUAGCUUGCCCUUUCGAGUGUUAGAGAUUCUCAAGUUGUCGGAUAUGAAGCACUGGGAGAAAUGGCUGCCUUUUGAUCAGGAUAUGGAAAGUGGUGUUUUCCCUGGCCUAAAAUUUCUUUCAAUCCAAAUGUGCCCUAAGCCGGGGGGUAAGUUGCCGAAGAAACUUAAUUCGUUAACAACACUUGAGAUUGUUAGAUGCGAGGAAUUGGUGGUUGCAAUUGCCAACCAUGAACAAGUGAGAGAAUUAAAGAUUGACGGUUGCAAAGCGCCGGUACAUUCAACAACUGAGGUUGACUUGAAGUUAUUAGAGACCUUGUGCCUCUCAAAUAUUUUGGAGCUGCGGUUGCAAGCAGGGGGAUUUACGAAAGGAUUAGGCAAGAUUAAGGAGUUGACGAUUCUCAGUUGUCAGGAGCUGACGUCUUCAUUGAAAAAUGAGGAUAGAUGUUUCCCUCACCUGAUUUCUCUUGUUCGUUUGGUUGUUGGAGACAACUCUGCCCUUGUUGAAGAUCUUGGAAAAGAAUUGGAGGGGUUGCUGAAGGUUCCAAUAUUAGCUUGUAAGCUUGAAUAUCUGGAAAUAAACAAAUGCGAACGUCUUUCGAAGCUGCCAAAGGGGUUGCAUCAAUUGUCAUCUCUUCAGGAGCUUCACAUAUGGCAAUGUUCACGUCUAGUUUCUUUUCCAGAUGUUGGCCUGCCACCUUCUCUUAGAGUCUUGAAGAUCACGGAAUGCGACUCUCUGGUGUAUGUUUCAAAAUAUCAAAUUCCCCGAAAUCUGAAAAAAAUACAUAUAUCGUGGUGUGGAAGUUUGAAAUCAUUAGUGGAGGAGGAGGAGCUUGUUGGUUCUUCUUCGUCUUCUUUUUCUCUUUCUCUUGAGCACUUGGAGAUAUCUGUUUGUCCAUCUCUGACAUCGUUAUCAUUGAGAGGCCAGCUUUACACGGCGCUUAAGCACCUUGAGAUAUUCACCAGUGACCAGCUAGAGUUAAUAGCACCAGAUGGGUUCUUCCGCGACAAUGCUCUUUGAAUAUAUUAGUAUUGGCAGUUGUCAAAAUCUGAAAUCCUUGUUAGAGGGCCUAUGCCACCUCUCCAAUCUUCAAGCUUUUGUGGUUUCCAACUGUGGAAGUCUUGUUUCCAAGCCGAGACUGAGUUGAGGGAGAAGAGCCUCCAAUCUUAAAGAGAUCAGAAUCACCGGCUGCGAAAAAUUGGUGGUAUUACCGGAAGACAUUCACAAUCUCGCCUCUCUUCAGGAAUUGGAGAUUGACUACUUGGAAGGUUUGACUUCCUUUCCCCCCAACCUGACUUCACUUCAAGUUUAUGAAGUCAAGAGUUGUAAGAAGCUCUGGGAGUGGGGAUUGCACAAACUCACCUCUCUCAAAAAGUUGUUGAUCCAAAGUGAAGAUCCAGACGUGGUGUCGUUUCCGCCCCACGGGAAGGAGGAGAUGCUGCUCCCCAAAUCUCUCACUGAGCUCACAGUUUCUGGCUUCCCAAAUCUGAAGAAAUUCAGCAAGAGCAUUCACUUCCUCACCUCUCUUCAGACUCUGAAGCUCCAUGAUUGCCCAAAGCUAGCAUCCAUUCCAGAGCAGGGCUUGCCUCUUUCCCUUGAGCAGUUUACGAUCGACGAGUGUCCCCUACUAGAAGAGAGAUGUCAACCUGGAAAAGGACGAUACUGGCCCAAAAUAUCCCACAUUCCUUGCCUGGACAUAUAGAUCAUACGACGGUCUGAAGCUCCAGCUGAUCGAGCGGCCUGGUCCUUGGUGCGUACGUGCGUGACACAUGACAUGAACCAGUUCUGGCACAAGUCCAGAAUCGAGCUUAUGAAGGCACUAUGGGUAAGUAACUUUCUGAUAACCUCCUCCCACAGAGAGAAGAAAG